GUUCGAAUGACCAUUGCCAAUAGCAGUUGGACAACAGCGCUGUUGCUCUCCAUAAUGUGAACAGAGAGAGAAAUUGAUAAAGUGUGCGUGUGUGAGAUAAACGGUUCUUGGUGCUCGCUGAGCAAACAAACUGGCUCCAACCGCACCUCAGUUGCAACAACAACCAGUGAUAAUUUGCUCAGCACGAAAACGAAAUUCGUUCUCACACAGAGGCGGUCAGCUGCGAGCACGAGCAUGAGAACAAAAUUGGAGUCGAAAUGAACUAGCUGCUAUCUCGAUUAACGCUCAGUGAGAAGGGCUCACUAGAUACAUACAAGUAGUAGCAUACGCAGGCUAGGAGCAAAGCUUCAGUCUGACUGUUUUCAGUGACGUCGAAAAGUGAGUGUGAUUCAGAUUUUGUGCAAGUUUCGUUGAAAAAACAUGCAGUGCGCGCGUAGAGAGCGUUAAACAUUGUUCAUUUUCGGCAGCUGUUCAUAUCAAGUGUACCCACUAAAAAGGCUUCGAUUCAAUAGAUAUUCCGCUGUGCAAUAUGUCCGGUAAAGGGAAUAACAAUAAUCGCGAUCGCAUACGAGAUCCACGCGAAGAGAUUCUGCUCGAAACCAACUUUGAAGAUGAUGGCGGUGUGCUAACACGCGCCUACAAUAAUAAUCCCUAUCAGAAUCGGCGGCACAGCGCAUACCAGUCGGACCGCUCCUUGGAUAGGUACACUGAACGCGGUGGCGAAGCCGAGUGUUGUCAGUCAUGUAUGGCACGCAUACCCUAUGCAACGCUCAUAGCGACACUUAUGUGCCUGCUCGGCGUUGGCAUCUUCUGCGGCACAAUGUAUCGAGGUGCUUCGCUGACGGUUAUUAUGAUGGAUCAGGUGUUUCACCUGCGUCUCAUAUGGAUCGAGGCUGUGCAGAUGAUAUUUGUCAUAAUUGCCGCUGGCAUGGCUGCUCUUGGAUUUAUGAUUCUAUUUGUGGGCUUUCUAGCAACGGGUGCGACACGCUAUAAAGUUUACCGCGCGUGGCGAUCACGCGUCGGCGGUCGCAUCUCCUGCGCCGUGCUCAUGGGCAUUACGUAUAUGCUUAACUUCGUGUGGACGCUCAUUUUAUGCUUCUUGGUCAUAGUUACGUUCAUUUACACCAUGUUCUGGAACAUGUGCUCAAGUGUGGAGCACUCUUUAAGCUGUAUUGAUUUGACACAAUUUCAUUUUAUGUUUCCGCCAAACACCAAGCUUGAGGACAUGAAGGUCUGCGAAAAGUAUGAGAUCAAGGCAUUCUGCAAGGACGGCGUUGAGAACGCCGAAGUCAUGUUCAUUCUGGCCACGCUGUCUACGCUGUUGGUCAUACUCAGUCUUGUGCACUAUUUGAUGUGUCUUUCGGCCAAUUACGCACACAUUCGUGACCAUGAAAAGUUCCAGGAACUGCAGGAGAUACAAAAUCUCAACGAACUGGAGUAUAGCGCCACUUCCAAGGAUCGCUUCUAGGACUUAUUUAGAACUAUUCAAUUUGAGCUUCAUCAAUAAUAUGAAACAAAUUGGCACAAUGAAGCACAAUGACACAGUAAUGCAACGAAAUUUAGCUGUAGCGUUAAAACUUUGUUUUUUGAUCAUAUGCAUAUUCCAAUUUAUGUAUUAGAUAUUGGUUAAUUUAUUGUUCUUUAUUUUAAUAUAACUUUAGGCCAGUAACGACUACGAUACGCAAAUUGUACACACAGAAUUGUAUCCUUUUAAGCAAUAACGGGUUUACUUGUACCCCACCGUAAAACAUUCCAAAUUUAAGUGUUCAUUACAUCGAUAGAGUCUACAUAA